AUGAAUGAUGCCAAGGUGGCAUGCCGACAGCUUGGUUUUACCAAAACUGUAGGACCUUCUUGGUAUGGACAAGGAACGGGUAAAGUAUGGCUGACAAACAUGGGAUGUUCAGGGUCAGAGUCCUUACUUGGAAGCUGUCCUCAUGCUGGAUGGGGAAGCGUUGACUCUUACUGCAAUGGUCACACAAGGGAUGCUGAUGUGAUAACUGUAGGAUACUGGUACUACGGACGAGGUACUGGUAAAGUAUGGUUAGAUGACAUGGAAUGUUCAGGCUCAGAGCCUUCACUUGGAAGCUGUUCUCACGGUGGUUGGGGAACUGUUGACUAUCGGUGCAAAGGCCACACAUGGGAUGUUGUCUACCACAGUGGUCAGUGGGGAACAGUGUGUGAUUAUUAUGGUUAUAACUUUGACAUGAGGGAUGCGAAAGUUGCAUGUCGACAACUCGGUUAUUCAAAAACUGUAGGAUAUUGGUACAACGGACGAGGGACAGGAAAAGUAUGGCUGCAAAGCAUGCAAUGUACAGGCUCAGAAUCAUCACUUGGAAGCUGUACUCACAGUGGAUGGGGGAGUGUUUCAUCUAGCUGCAAUGGUCACACAUAUGAUGUUGACAGAGAGACAAAAAGACGUAUGAAAGACGACAGAAAGACAGAUGGCCGAGAGUUGUUGUGGCCAGAAAUAGCCAUGAUGAACCAUUUGUCCACUUCAGCGUUUGUCCACAGAGUAAUUCCAGUCGCUCGAACCGAGUGGAAUUCAGGUUUCGGCGGCGUUAUACAAGUCUACCAUAGUGCUCAGUGGGGAACAGUGUGUGAUGGUUAUAGUGGAUAUUACUUUGAUAUGAAUGAUGCAAAGGUCGCAUGUCGACAACUUGGUUUUACCAAAACUGUUGGUUAUUGGUACUAUGGAAGAGGGACGGGUAAAGUAUGGCUGUACCGCAUGGGAUGUACAGGCUCRGAGUCCUCACUAGGAAGCUGUACUCACAGUGGAUGGGGAAGUGUGUCUUCUAGCUGCAAUGGUCACACAUAUGAUGUUGGUGUCGUGUUUUGA